AAAAACCAUAACUAAUAAAAUUCCCCUGUAUCAUAUGCAUUUCUAGAUCCAGAAACUGCACGCAGUAUGAAUUUACAGAGGCCAGAUCUGAAGAUCUAGCCCUAGAUAUCUGCAAUUUCGGUAUCAUCAAUCGGUAUAUCUUCAGUUUUUAGUUAUAGGAACGGUUUAGAUUAGCGAAUAAUCAUGGAAUUGUUGAAGAAUUUGCCGGAAAUGGAUCUCAUGCGAUCGGAAAAGAUGACGUUCGUGCAGUUAAUCAUUCCGGUUGAAUCUGCUCAUCGUGCUGUAUCUUAUCUCGGUGAAUUAGGUCUACUUCAGUUCCGUGACUUAAAUGAUGAUAAAAGCCCAUUUCAAAGAACAUUUGUUAAUCAGGUAAAAAGAUGUGCUGAAAUGUCAAGAAAGCUUCGGUUUUUCAAAGAUCAGAUACACAAAGCCGGACUACAAUCUUCUGCUCUUCCUACACUGCAACCAGAUGUCGACUUGGAAGCAUUAGAGACACAACUUGCUGAGCAUGAACACGAACUUAUUGAGAUGAAUGCCAACAGUGAGAAACUACAACAAACGUAUAAUGAGCUGCUAGAGUUCAAGAUCGUGCUGCAGAAGGCAGGAGUCUUUCUUGUAUCAGGUAAGAGUUACGAUACUGCAGAAGGCACGGAAUUAGACGAUAAUGUGUACCCUAGUGAUUAUCCGGAGUCAGCCUCCUUGCUUGAGCAGGCGACACAAUCUGGACCGCCAAAUUCAUCUGGCCUUAGAUUUAUAAGUGGGAUUAUCCCGAAAUCGAAGAUAUUAUUGUUUGAGAGAAUGUUGUUCCGUGCAACAAGGGGAAAUUUGCUUUUCAAUCAGGCCCCUGCGGAUGAGCUCAUCAUGGAUCCUGUAUCAUCUGAAAUGGUUGAAAAAACUGUAUUUGUAGUGUUCUUUUCCGGAGAGCAGGCAAAGACAAAAAUACUUAAAAUCUGUGAAGCAUUUGGUGCAAAUUGUUAUCCUGUUCCAGAAGACUUAACAAAGCAGACUCAAAUAACUCAAGAGGUUUUGUCACGGCUUUCUGAAUUGGAAACCACCUUGGAUGUUGGAAUUCGUCAUAGGAAUGCUGCUCUUCACUCCAUCGGGUUUCACUUAACACUAUGGAUGAACAUGGUUAAAAGAGAGAAAGCUGUGUUUGAUACAUUGAAUAUGUUAAACUUUGAUGUUACAAAGAAGUGUCUAGUUGGAGAGGGAUGGUGCCCAAUCUUUGCCAAACCCAAGAUUCAAGAGGCGCUGCAACGAGCAACAUUUGACAGCAACUCACAAGUCGGCAUCAUAUUCCAUGUCAUGGAUGCUGUGGAAUCACCUCCAACAUAUUUCAGAACGAACGCUUUCACAAAUGCAUAUCAAGAAAUCGUUGACGCCUAUGGUGUUGCUAAAUAUCAGGAAGCCAAUCCAGCAGUUUAUACUGUAAUUACUUUUCCAUUUCUUUUUGCGGUCAUGUUUGGGGAUUGGGGACAUGGAAUAUGUCUAUUGAUCGGUGCAUUGAUUCUCAUAGCUCGUGAAGGGAAGCUUAGUUCUCAGAAACUUGGGAGCUUCAUGGAGAUGUUAUUCGGUGGUCGUUAUGUGCUUCUCUUGAUGUCACUGUUUUCAAUCUAUUGUGGACUAAUAUACAAUGAAUUCUUUUCUGUUCCCUAUCACAUAUUUGGCGAUUCUGCUUAUAAAUGCCGGGACGAUUCGUGCAGUGAUGCAUAUACAGUCGGUUUAAUCAAAUAUCGUGAUGCAUAUCCAUUUGGUGUAGACCCUAGUUGGCGCGGGAGUCGUUCAGAGCUACCGUUCUUGAACUCUCUUAAAAUGAAGAUGUCGAUAUUGUUCGGUGUUGCCCAGAUGAAUCUCGGAAUCAUGUUAAGCUACUUUAAUUCAAUUUUCUUCAACAACUCACUGGAUAUCAGGUAUCAGUUUGUGCCACAGAUGAUAUUUUUAAACAGCCUUUUUGGGUAUCUUUCGCUUCUCAUUAUCAUAAAGUGGUGCACUGGUUCUCAAGCCGAUCUUUAUCAUGUGAUGAUUUAUAUGUUCCUGAGUCCUUUUGAUGAUCUUGGUGAAAACGAACUGUUUUGGGGACAACGGCCCCUUCAGAUCCUGUUGUUGCUUUCGGCUCUUGUUGCUGUUCCAUGGAUGCUUUUCCCCAAGCCUUUUAUUUUGAGGAAACUCCAUACUGAGAGGUUUCAAGGUCGUGCAUAUGGGAUUCUUCGGUCGUCUGAGAUUGAUACAGAUUCUGACCCCGGUUCUCCACGGCAGCAUGAAGAGGAAUUUAAUUUCAGUGAGGUUUUUGUACAUCAAAUGAUACAUUCUAUCGAGUUUGUACUUGGUUCAGUUUCUAACACUGCUUCAUACCUUCGAUUAUGGGCUUUGAGCUUAGCACACUCAGAAUUGUCCACUGUAUUCUAUGAGAAAGUUCUCCUUCUUGCUUGGGGGUAUAAUAACAUCUUAAUUCGGAUGGUGGGACUAGCAGUUUUUGCAUUUGCAACUGCAUUUAUAUUACUCAUGAUGGAGACGCUAAGCGCUUUCCUUCACGCAUUGAGGCUACAUUGGGUGGAAUUUCAAAACAAGUUUUACGGAGGCGAUGGUUAUAAGUUCAAACCCUUCUCCUUUGCAGCAAUAGCCGAUGAUGAAGAUUAGUAUAAUUACAUAUUUCUCCUCCAACAAGGACAAAAUCGGGUUUUCACCCACCACACCGUUAAUCACACAGAAUUUUGGCUAGUUAGAAUAAUCGGACGGUUAUUGAGUUUCACACAUGUGCAGCUUGAAUUAACGUAGCGUUGUAGAAAUCGACCCGGCCCGGAUAUAUCUGAUUUGAUGGUACCCUAAGGUCCUGCCUGCACAAAAUGGUCAUAUAAUUAGGUGUUGUAAAGAGGGGAUUCUUUUAUAUUGGAUUGCCCCAAGGUGUAUGUAGAUUUUGAUCUAUAAUCUUUCUAUUUCUGUUUUUGGUAAUAAACAACAAAGGUACAAAUUUUAGUUAUACUCAUUGAAGAAUUUAUGGUAUACGAUUUGGUUUAACGUGUCGUAGAA